GACCCGCGGGCCACCUGGGCUCUGCCAGAGUUGGAGGUGGCCGGAGGCUCUCGGUUCCUCAGCUCCCGUGGCUCUGGCGGAGUCUGCGCGAUGGGGGACCCGGAAAGGCCGGAAGCGGCCAGGCCCGAGCUAGAUGAGAGGUUAUCUUCAGAUACCAAUGAAAAUGAAGUGAAAUCAGAUGAAGAGCCACUCCUACGAAAGAGUUCUCGCCGAUUUGUCAUUUUUCCAAUUCAAUACCCUGAUAUUUGGAAGAUGUAUAAACAGGCACAGGCAUCUUUCUGGACUGCAGAAGAGGUUGACUUAUCAAAGGAUCUCCCUCACUGGAACAAGCUUAAAUCAGAUGAGAAGUAUUUUAUCUCUCACAUAUUAGCCUUUUUUGCAGCCAGUGAUGGAAUUGUGAAUGAAAAUUUGGUGGAGCGCUUUAGUCAGGAGGUACAGGUUCCAGAGGCUCGCUGUUUCUAUGGCUUUCAAAUUCUCAUCGAGAAUGUCCACUCAGAGAUGUACAGUUUGCUAAUAGACACUUACAUCAGAGAUCCCAAGAAAAGGGAAUUUUUAUUUAAUGCAAUUGAAACAAUGCCAUAUGUUAAGAAAAAAGCAGACUGGGCCUUACGAUGGAUAGAAGAUAGAAAAUCUACUUUUGGGGAAAGAGUCGUGGCUUUUGCUGCUGUAGAAGGGAUUUUCUUCUCUGGAUCUUUUGCUGCUAUAUUCUGGCUAAAGAAAAGAGGUCUCAUGCCUGGACUCACUUUUUCCAAUGAACUCAUCAGCAGAGAUGAAGGGCUUCACUGUGACUUUGCUUGCCUGAUAUUUCAAUACUUAGUAAAUAAACCUUCAGAAGAAAGAGUCAGGGAGAUCAUUGUUAAUGCUGUUGAAAUUGAGCAGGAGUUUUUAACGGAAGCCUUGCCAGUUGGCCUCAUUGGAAUGAAUUGUGUUUUGAUGAAACAGUAUAUUGAGUUUGUAGCUGACAGAUUACUUGUGGAACUUGGAUUCUCAAAGGUUUUCCAGGCAGAAAAUCCCUUUGAUUUUAUGGAAAACAUUUCUUUAGAAGGGAAAACUAAUUUCUUUGAGAAACGAGUUGCAGAGUAUCAACGUUUUGCGGUUAUGACAGAAACUACAGAUAAUGUCUUCACCUUGGAUGCAGAUUUUUAAAACCCUUUGUGUAUAUAAACCUAUCACUGGUAAAUAACUGUUUUUCUUUGCUUAAAAAACAAAAAAACACGUAAAGCACCUCCUUAGGGAAUAGAAGUUUACUCAAGAGGAAAUCUAAAACCAAAUUUCAAUCAUGUUGGAUUUAUAUAAAUACACUGUAAUUCUUUUGUUUCAUCACUAAAAUAUAAGAUGAUAUUAUGUAGCAGUUAAGAGCAUGAUAUGAGGGGUCAGUUAUAAGUUGGACAUUCUGCCUUUACUACUUGUGUGAUUCUUGGCAAGUCAGUCAAAUUUCUAAAUCUCAGUGUAAGUAUCUUUAAAAUGAGUAUAAUAGUAGGUCCUAAAUUUAUCACAUGGAUAUGAAGAUUAAGCCGCAAAAUUACCAAUAUUACCACCACCACCACCCCUACUACUACUACUUAUUAAUAGUGUUAAUUAUGGUGAUGUGAUAAAAUGCCCCACUGUCCUCAAAGUAAUUGCGAUUCUAGGUCCUUAGAUCUAGAAUUAGAUCUUUGUAUUUUUAAUGUUUGAGGGAGAAUAUAAAGAUUUCAUUUAAAAGAUUAUAAUUCUCAUUAACUUGAGAAUAAUUUCUUUAAAUUCCUCAGCAUGUAGUAAUGGAAAUUUAGUUCUUAGUUGCUUUGGGGAGGGUACUUAUGAAGUGGAAUUCAGGAGGCCAUCCUGGUAGUUGACCUUGUAAGCAAAAUGAUUCUCCUCCUUUAGAAAUCAAAAUCAUCACUAUUGCCAGAUGUAGCCCUGAAAUAUUUAAAGCCCAAGUGAAUUAGCUAGGAUAGCAUUUCCCAAAGAGUAUAUGAAGAGUUGUUAGCCCCUCUAGAUAUUUUGUGGGAGGGGGAAAAAAAAAGGGAUUCUGUGGUCAGAAGAAUCUGGGAAAUGUUUAUCUUCCCUUUCUCUUUAGAAUGUAUAGUCAGUACAUCAAAGAGAAAUUAUGCAAUACGUAAGCUUAUUUCCCCCUGCAUAUCCCAGACUUAAUACAAAUCUGUUUUUCACCAAUUAACAUCUCACCUAACUGGUAUUGCUCAGAACAUAGUUUGGAAAAAGCUGGCCUAGAACCAUUUUGUACUCAGAGGAAGGAGUUGCAGACUAAGUUAAGGAAACCCGGUGGGGAUUACAGAACCAUUCAUAUUUGUGCCAAGCUGAGUAAUGUACCCAAGACUGACCUUUGUGGUGCUGCUUUAAUAUUCUUCAAACUCUUUUAUGCUGCUACAAGGUUUAACAGUCCUAAUAAUGGACUAUGCCUCAUGUACAAUAGCAGAUGGUGAGGGAGACAAAGGUCUCUGCAGAGGAGACUGAGGAAAGGCCGGGAGCCCAUCUUUAUCAUUAGGAAGAGUCCAGAGGGGAUCCCUGGGUGGCGCAGUGAUUUGGCGCCUGCCUUUGGCCCAGGGCGCGAUCCUGGAGACCUGGGAUCGAAUCCCACGUCGGGCUCCUGGUGCAUGGAGCCUGCUUCUCCCUCUGCCUAUGUCUCUGCCUCUCUCUCUCUCUCUGUGUGACUAUCACAAAUAAAUAAAAAUUAAAAAAAAAAAAAGGAAGAGUUCAGAGGUAACACAAACUCCCAAAGUGUGGUUUCCCUACUUAACAGCAAACUAUCUUAUAAAAUUCUGCAACCUAGAAUUUAGAGAUUUUCACUUUGCAUAAAUUUUUGCUCCAUUCAUUCAGCAAUGAUCUAAUUAACAAAAACUGGGAGUUCUCAAGUGCGUGCAAAAGGAGCAGGUCAUAACUUUGUUAGGGAGGAUGCCAGAAACCUGAUAUAUCUCAGCCCAUCACAAUGCCGAUUAUUUGUUCAGCUCGUUCAGUGCUGCACAUUUGGCCAGCUGUUUUUACAUCCACUCAGAAGAUCCCACAACAGCCUUAGGAACUUGACAGAGCAGUUAGUAUUGACAUUUUACUGAUGGGAGAGAGUGAGGCUGAGAGAAGUUAAAUGACUUGGCCAAGAUCUGCUCAUAUCAUUGCAGUAGACAGGAGUACAUAUCUAUGACAGUAGAAUUCUUUUUUCUUACUUUAAGGUGUUAUAUAAAAUAUUUAACUAUAUUCAGGUAGUAUGUUCUAAAGAUGUGUCUACUUCUAUACAAAAACUGAACAUUUAAUAUUGAUAAUAUCUGUAAUGAUACCAGAAUGAAAGAAAAAAGUUUUCAGUGCAUAUUUCCUUUGUUGUGAAUCCAGAUCUUUUUCAUAGGUAAUGACAGGUGCCUUAAUAUACAGCUUAUUUAUAGUAGCAAUAAAUGUAGUAUUGAGAUGAAGAAGUUUUAAUACUGAUACUGGAUUUUUAAUACACUGGGUUAUUAUAUUCGGUGUUCUAUAUCCUUUUCUAGGACUCUAGGUUCUGUAUUUAUUUAUUAUGUUCAGUAUUUUGCUUCUUAGUUCUUAAGGAAUGAAGUGGUUGUGGAAUCUCUUUUUAAUAUUAUCUUACAGAUAAAAAAUUCAGAGUAUGUUUGUAACUUCUUUUUUAACAGCACAUGUAUUUAAAUCAUUGAUUGCUAUAGUAGUUAAAGUUAAGUUCAUUAUUUAGGAAUAAUAUAAAAACUUGUAGUUCAUGACAGAUUGCACUUAUUAAAAAUAUUUCAUUGUAAUAUGUAGAAUCAUGACUUGGAAAGACUUGGGAAGAUAGUUUGAUCCAGUGCUUUCAGACAAGGCUGUUUUGUUGUUCAAUUAUGUAUGAUAAUAAACAAUUUUUUUUUAC